GGCGCAUUAUCCCGGUGCGGCCUUUUGCCCAUGCGUCAACACAUGACUCUCCGCCAGUUCCUGCUUUAUGGGAGUUAGUGGAAGCUGAUGGAAGAUGCAUGGAUGCCAGAAUAGAAAAUACAGCAUCUAGAGGAGUGGAUAAUUUCCAAUGGAUAUUGCUUCCUCGCCUAGGAGCAAGCGAUAUGGCUACAUUGAACUUGGUACUGGUAAAGCCAGUCUGAACAAGAGAAGUUGGUUUCUGUUGAAGUUCCUGAGUUCCCUAUUCCUGGUUGUUUGGUUCUGCGAGUUUUUGGUUUAUUACUUGGUUAUAAUGCAGUGUAAAUGGCCCGUUUUGAAGAGCACCCCUGAUCAAGAUAAUGCAUCUCCUCUGAAGGCUAUGUUUUUAUCUGACACACACCUGCUGGGAGCAAUCCGAGGUCACUGGUUUGACAAACUAAGAAGGGAAUGGCAGAUGGAGAGGUCGUAUCAGAGUGCUCUGUGGUUAUUGCAACCGGAUAUUGUUUUCAUUCUUGGAGAUCUAUUUGAUGAGGGGAAAUGGAGUAACACUAAGUCAUGGGAUGAAGAUGUUGCUCGAUUUCGGCGCAUGUUCAGACAUCCUCCUCAUACAGAACUGUUGGUUGUUGUUGGCAAUCAUGACAUUGGAUUUCAUUACGAAAUGACACGUGAUAAAUUGAACAGAUUUGAAAAGACUUUCAAUCUCACGUCUGGGAAAGUAGUGACUCGAAAAGGGAUCAAUUUUGUCCUGGUCAAUAGUGUUGCUCUGGAAGGUGAUAACUGUGCAAUUUGUAGAGCUGCAGAACGUCAAAUUAUUGAGGCCUCUCUCAAGCUGAACUGUUCCAGAAUGAGAGGAGAACCGCCUUUAUUGCAGAACUGCAGAGGUGUCGAACCGCUUCCUCCAUCAGCGCCGAUCCUUUUACAGCACUAUCCCUUGUAUCGGAAAAGUGACUCUGAAUGCACAGGUGAAGAUUCAGCUUCACAAGAUGAAAAGAACAACCUCUUUCAAGAAAGAUAUGAUGUUCUUUCCCACGAAGCAUCUGAAAAGUUACUCUGGUUGCUGCAGCCACGGUUAAUAUUAAGUGGCCACACACACAGUGCCUGCAAAGUGUUACAUAGAGGACGAGUCCCAGAGAUCAGUGUCCCAUCAUUCAGCUGGCGGAACCGAAAUAAUCCAAGCUUCAUCAUGGGAAUAAUCACUGCUGCAAAUUUCUCCCUUGAGAAGUGCUUCCUCCCAACUGAGAACAGUGUCAUCUUGAUCUACACAGCAGCAGGCACGCUCCUUGCUUUUUAUUUAGUGUUUCACUCGUUGACUACUUACUUGACAUACUCAUCAAAGGAAAAACCAGUGUAGAAUGUGCCUACAGGCCACUGGCAUACCCUUACCGGAUUAUCAUGAAAUACUCGACUUCUUGGCAUGUUCUGUAGAAUAGACCAGUACAUUUUACCAAAUAUAUAUUUAUUAAAUGAUGUACCUGUACAAUAUGUGACUCUUACCUAUAAGUUAAGGAAAAAAGAACUUCAUUAAUUUUCGAGCCUUACCACUAACUGGAUUAAAAAGUCCUACAGUACCAACCCCACCACAGUAUGCAACAUGCCUUAUGUUUCUGGACUAUGGCAUCAGCCCACACCAUCAAGCUUUCUAGUUUUAGGUUUAUUUUGAUUCUUUCAUGUUAGAAAUAUUGUUGGAAUUUAAAGGUCCACAUUACAUAAUGGGUUGUUGGAAAAAAUGUGAUUGUCUAUGGA